CUCCCGUUCCCUCGCGCCCGCCCGCGUGCGCACGCGGGAAGCAACCAACACACAAGAACAGGGGCCAGAGUACGUGUGCGCGUGCUGGAAGUGAACGGAGGAGGCUACGAGCUGGGAAGUGGACCUCACGUCGCUUUCGGCGAUUAUCUUCGGCGAUGCCUGGCGGUCUGCGACGACCUCCCGCGGCACCUCGCGGUCUCAGGCGGAACAAUGAGGAUACGAUCGGACACCAAGAAUCUAGGAAAGAACGGGGGAUCAUCAAGAAAGGACGGGGAACCACACCCUCGCCUGCGCACCAGCCAGGCCUAUGUGACCGCGUCAGCACGGGGACAAGCCCCGCAUACAUUUGUAAACAUAUAUGUACAUGAACGUCAAUCAAUCGAGCAGUCACGAGUGCGACAACAUGCGAGCUCAACAUUCGUGCGCGUGGCGAGCGGGAAAAAGCCACAACGCACGACGGAGCUGCGCUACUGCCGCGUGUUGCCAGAAAUCUCUAGGCGGCCAGAAAAGCCAUUGGGCGUUCCCGUUGAUGAGGUGAGCUGUGGAAGGGGAGGAAGGGAGGGGGAGGGGGAAGAGGCAGAGCAGGAGGAAAGACGAGCAAGAGGAGGAGGACGAGAGAGGACGGAGGGAAGGGAGGAGGGACGAGGGACUGAAGAAGGAAGGCAGGGCCCCGAGGCCAUGGUCGGCGCGACAAGCGCAAGCGCGCGCGCGAGCGAGCCGAGGAAGCAUGGCCGUCCGCUGCGCGCGGUCGGGUCACGGGUUGCAGUGGAGGAGGAGGAGGAGGAGGAGGAGGAGGAGGAGGAGGAGGAGAGCAAGGGGACCAGGGGAAGGACGAGGACGAGAGGGAUCUCUGCAGGCCCCCUCCUCCUCAAGUGAGCCGCCGAUUGUCGACACGGCACUCAAAGCACCGAGUGCACCGAGUGCUAGCGACGCCUCACUCCGUCAAGUCAUCAGCUGGUGGAUUCGGUAGCCUUCGCGAUGUGAAUCUGAUCGAGCAGCCGAGCAAUUCUCGCGGUAGACUGCUCCGUGCGAACAUUCACAGAUCUGAUCUCCCGGAUCUCCCACUUCAGAGACUCCACAUCGACGCGCGUGGCGGACCCCCUCAUUCGCAAGCACCCCUCAAUGAACUCGUGGAGGGAGACGCGGCCAGUCUGAUCCGUGUCGAGGAUUUUGAAUAGCUUCCACGUCUGCUUUGCGUCGAUGUCAAGUGCUGGAGCAGAGGCCGCACUGCAGUCCAGCACAGGGACGCGAGAUCCCCCCCGACCUCACAAGGGUCACU